GUAGAGUCAGUAUUGAGUUUGACUUCGUCUUGAAUGAAAGAACUAAAGUCAGAGCAGUGAACUAGUUUUUCUUGCAAGUAAAGAAAGCAAAAACAACAAUAGAAACAUUUUAAAUAGACAGUAGCAGCUAUAAGAAGAAAGUGAAUUUGUAAUUUAGUAUCAAAAAAAUAAAACAAAUAAGUGAAAAUGGUGAAACACUACAACAUGGGGUAUACAACCAACUUCUCCAUCGAUGCCAUACUCGCCAUGAGCACGACGAAGCCGCUACCGCUGGUGCAAACCCAAGCGCAGACAAACCAGGCGCUUUAUCAGCGCGCACAACAGCAACAACAUGCAUAUCAACAACCACAACCACAACAACAACAACCAAUCCAACAAACACAACAAUUGCAACAAAAUUCGAUGCGCAGUUAUCAAACGGAGCAGGCUUACGUGAGUGAUGAUCUCGCCAGCAUCGACAGCUUCGAGACACCGUCGCGCACUUCAACACCCAUGAGCAGUGGCGCUGAUUCGCUCACCUCUGGUGAAGAUAAACUCGACGAAGUGGAGAGUGGUGAAGAUUACGAGGAGGAGGGUGAAGAUUACGAGGAGGAGGAUGAGGAUAAGGACGCGGACGCAGACGCAGACACAGACGGCAAAACCGACAAUAAACACAAAAAACCGACCUACAGCUAUAACGCGCUCAUCAUGAUGGCCAUACAGGAUAGCCCGGAGCAACGUUUGACGCUUAGCGGCAUCUAUGAAUACUUGAUAAAUCGCUUCCCCUUCUUCACGAAGAAUAAGCGCGGCUGGCAAAAUUCCAUACGCCACAAUUUGAGCCUGAACAAAUGCUUCACGAAAAUACCACGCAGCUAUGACGAUCCCGGCAAAGGCAACUACUGGGUUUUGGACCCCAGCGCCGAAGAGGUUUUCAUCGGUGAGACCACCGGCAAACUGCGUCGCAAAAAUCCCGGUGCGAGUCGUUCACGUUUGGCUGCCUACCGUCAAGCCAUGUUCUCGCCACUUAUGAGUCCUUAUGGCGCGCCACCAACCAUACCCACCGCUUACCACACCGCACAACCAUUUGUUGGCGCUGCCGGUUAUAUGGGUGCCGCAGCCGCUGCUGCCGCCGCGCUGUACCAACGCAUGCCACCACCAUUGACACCAGCCGCCGUCUAUCAUCAGGCCGCCAUGUAUGGUGGAGCAGCACAAAUGGCAGCUGCCGCCGCCGCAGCAGGCGGCAUAGCGCCACCACCAACAGCACCGAUCAGAGUCGCAACACCACCAACAGGCGCACCUCACUUUCCGUUGGGCUAUAAUCCGGCGGCUUAUGGCGCUAUGCCGACGCUACAAGCACCGCACAUGACCAACGAGUUGUUCCAGCGCAUGCAGUUGUUUGGCAAAUUCCCCAGAAGCUAAGCUACGCAACACCACACACACACUCACACACACAUACACGCUGAGCAGGUGGCAGGCAAGUUCAUUUUGGCCACCAUGUUUCUAGCGGCGACGGCGUCCAACGCGUUUGGGCGUCGUUCGCACUCCGACGGGCGUUCGAUUGGGUAGCACAGCAACUGCAAGGCAGUUCAAGCAACGUAAGAUGUCAACUAAGUGCCACAACGGCAAUUAUAUAUGGGUCUAACAUGGUUUUUACGUGCAACUGGGCGGCAAAUAGAGGCCUCCAGUCAAUCAGCGGCUGCUUCGUUGAAAAUUAGCUUAUGGGAGUAGGCUUUCCCAAAGCGUCAAAAAUACAAUACAUAUGUAUGUAUGUAUGUCUAAGCGAAAACUACAAACAAUAACAAAAAUGCAUUGUUAUGAAAAAUUAUUAUGAAAAAAAUUAUUUAAGAAAUGAUCAAAAACAUUAUCAAAAUAGUUAUGACCAAUAGUUUCGUAUUCAAAAUGUUUUAAACAAGAUUUUAUAGUAUUUUAGUAAUAGCAUAAUUUUUGGAUUUAUGUACAAACAGUAGAAAAAAGACAUGAAGAGAAAAAAAAAAAAAAUAAAAAAAAUA